CACAAAAGCAUCAAAGCAUCUCUGCUGUCUCUCCUCUGGGAUGAACGCAGGUCAGGAUGGCCUGAGGUCCACUCAAGAGCCUCAUAAGCCAGCAGCUUUUGGACUGGGAAGCAGCAUAGUGAGCACUCAGCAGAACAACAAACACCAACAAGGAAGGGGAGCUUCACUCAGCCUGCUGCUGGGACAACACACAGCCGGGAGGUAUAAAAGCCGACAGACAGCCAGAACACCUCACACACACACACACACACACACGCACUCACACACACACACCGCCUCCUGCAGCCCCACCGCCCCCGCCAUGGCCGCGUCCACCCUGUCCGUCUGCUCCAGCGACCUGAGCUAUGGCAGCCGCGUCUGCCUGCCCGGGGCCUCGGACUCCUGCCCCGACUCCUCCUGGCAGGUGGACGACUGCCCAGAGAGCUGCUGCGAGCCCCCGUGCUGCGCCCCGGCCCCCUGCCUGACCCUCCUGUGUGGCCCCUCCUCCCCCUGCCAGGGAGACUGCUGCACCCCUGCGUGCUGCAAGCCCGUCUGCUGCACCCCUGCGUGCUGUAAGCCUGUCUGCUGCACCCCUGUGUGCUGCAAGCCCGUCUGCUGCACCCCUGUCUGCUGCAAGCCCGUGUGCUGCACCCCUGUCUGCUGCGAGGACUCCCCCUGCUCAACCCCCUCCUGUUGCCAGCCCAGCCCCUGCUGCAGACCCUCCUCCAGUGUAUCCCUGCUCUGCCGCCCCGUGUGCAGGCCCGCCUGCUGCACCCCUGUCUGCUGCAAGCCCGUGUGCUGCACCCCUGUCUGCUGCGAGGACUCCCCCUGCUCAACCCCCUCCUGCUGCCAGCCCAGCCCCUGCUGCAGACCCUCCUCCAGUGUAUCCCUGCUCUGCCGCCCCGUGUGCAAGCCCGUCUGCUGCACCCCUGUCUGCUGCAAGCCCAUCUGCUGCACCCCUGUGUGCUGCGAGGACUCCCCCUGCUCAGCCCCCUCCUGCUGCCAGCCCAGCCCCUGCUGCAGGCCCUCCUCCUGCGUGUCCCUGCUCUGCCGCCCCGUGUGCAGGCCCGCCUGCUGUGCCCCUGCCUCCUCCUGCUGCCGCCCGGAUUCCUGCGUGUCCCUGCUCUGCCGCCCCGCGUGCCCCCGCCCUGCCUGCUGCGGCCCCGCCUCAGGCCAGUCCUGCUGCUGAUGGGCACGUCCCCCCACUGCUACUAGGACUCCCACCCAAAGUAUUCGGAGCCUCGAGCCCAGUCUGGGGUCUCCUUCUGCCCCCAGGUGCCCACCGCAGCAGACAAGGCUGAGCCCUCACUGUCGGGCUGGCUCCCUAGGGCAGCUGCAGCUUCCCAAGGGCCCUGUGUGUCACCCGGUGUCCUCCUCUCUAUCAUAGCCAGAUUGAGGUCACUUUGUCCUGUCCUACGUGAGCGACCUAUCUGUUAACCAAUAAAGUCACCGUCAGCCCCUC